AUGAAGAAGUACGAAUUCGGCGGCCCAAUCGGCGCGCUUGGUAUUGUUCUUGGACUACCAAUUCUACAGUGGUUCUACGUAUUCGGUUGCAACGACAUUUCCGGUUGUCCAAUUCCUUCCCUCCUCGAUCCCAAGAACAUCUCGCUCGAAACUCUCAAGGCCGAAGCAGGAUGGCCCGCGGACGGCAUUUGGGGCCUGGGCAGCUGGGAAUCGUUUGGUUGGACCUUGGCCUACUAUUUCUUGAGCUUGUUCUUGUUCCGUAUCCUGCCAGGCCAAGAGGUUGAGGGUACCGAGCUCGCCUGUGGCGGCAGACACAAGUACAAGUUCAAUGGUCUCGCAUCGAGCAGCAUCAUCCUCGCCGUAUGCCUCGCUGGAACCAUUGCCCAGGGCGCCGAGUUUCCUCUGUGGACCUACAUUACCGACAACUACCUCCAGCUCCUCACUGCCAACAUCAUCAUUUCGUUUGCCCUCUCCGUAUACGUCUACAUUGCUAGCUUUUCUGUCAAGCCUGGCGAUCCCGAGAAGCGCGAGUUGGCUGCUGGAGGUCAUACGGGAAACAUGAUCUACGACUUUUACAUUGGCCGCGAAUUGAACCCCCGCAUCAAUCUGCCGUUUUUCGGCUUGAUCGACAUCAAGACAUUUUGCGAAGUCCGCCCCGGUCUUCUUGGCUGGUUAUUGAUUGACCUUGCCUGGCUGGCCAAGCAGUACCGCAACUAUGGCUACGUCAGCGACAGCGCAGUGUUCAUCACUGUUGUUCAGGGUCUCUACGUCAUGGACUGCUUUGUGAUGGAGUCUGGUAUUUUGACCAUGAUGGACAUCACCAGAGACGGAUUUGGUUUCAUGCUCGCCUUUGGCGAUCUUGGCUGGGUCCCGUUCCUGUACUCCCAGCAGGUCCGUUACCUCUCCGUCUACCCUCUGCAGAUGGGUUGGCUUGGUACUGCCGGCGUCUUGGCUGUCCUUGUUACCGGUUUCACCAUCUUCCGCCUCAGCAAUGCCGAAAAGAACACGUUCCGUACAAACCCCAACGAUCCCAAGGUCGCCCACCUCAAAUACAUUGAAACCAAGAGAGGCACACGUCUGUUGACAACGGGUUGGUGGGGCGUUGCUAGACACAUCAACUACCUUGGCGACUGGAUCCAAUCUUGCCCGUACUCGCUCCCGACAGGUAUUGCCGGUUAUGUCAUUCUUAGUGCUGGAAGCGAUGUUCCUGGCGCCUUCAAGAUGGCGGAUGGCCGUGAGGUUAUUCAGGGUCCAGCCAGAGGUUGGGGCAUGCUCUUUACCUACUUUUACAUACUUUACUUUGGUGUGCUUUUGAUUCACCGAGAUGGACGCGAUGACGACAAUUGCAGCAUGAAGUAUGGCGAGGAUUGGGACAAGUACAAGAAGAUUGUCAAGUGGAGAAUCCUGCCCGGUGUAUACUAA